UUAUCCAUAUGCAUGUUAUAUGUUUCCCUCGCACACAGACAGGUUGGGUUGAGGUUUGUGAAGUGAAGCAGCAAUGAGAUGUUGAUGCCGUUUUUGACCUCUCAAUUGUCAUCACUCAAAUGGAAACCACUUUCACUCUCUUCAAGCAAACCUCUUCUUACAGGGUGCUGUCAAGAAAUGCUUGUUUAUUCUUCAUGAGAACGAAUUCCAUUGGUUCCUAUUAUUCCCGAGGAAUCUCAUCAGCUAAAGUAGUACCGCUCUCAAAGUUUUCAAACUAUUGUACUCAUUCAAAGGAUGAUGUCUGUUCUUCAAAGCGAAGAUCAAGGGGGCCUGUUAUGGCUGGAAAAAAAGCUGCAGAAGGAAUCAAGCAAGAUGAGGGUAAAUACAAGCACACAGUUGAUCUUCCCAAGACAGCAUUUGCUAUGAGAGCAAAUUCUUCGGUAAGGGAACCUGAAAUUCAGAAAAUAUGGGAAGAUAAUCAAGUAUUUAAAAGAGUAGCUGACAAAAAUAGCAGAAUCGAAGUAUUUGGCCAGAUGGCUUUGAAAGGUUAUAUCUACCGAGGGAGGAAACCUGUUCACUGGAGUCCCUCGUCACGGACAGCACUUGCUGAAGCUGAGUUGGAGUACCCUGAAGGUCAUGUUUCAAAAAGCAUAUAUGCCAUUUUCAGAGUUGCAAGUGCUCCUGUAAGGCCGAGUGACCUUCUACAAGAAUUUCCAAAUUUGUGUUUGGCCAUUUGGGCCACCACUCCAUGGACUAUUCCUGCCAAUGCAGCUAUUGCAGCUGCUUCUGAAAGCUUCUCAGGAUAAAAAGUUUGUGUGCGAAGAAGCUGAGAAGGCACUUGGAUCAAUGGUUGGUUCCAUGACACCUCUUCCAUUGCUUCUAAAACUAAGGGUAUCUGUGAGUCACACCAACCUUAGGAUCAGGGCUAAAGCUGUUGUUUCUCUAUCCAGAUGUGUCUCCAAGAUGCAGGGAAUUGAGGAAAUGGAGGAGUUUGGAAUGGAAAGGUUGAUAGAAGUUGCAGCUGAUUUAGUGAAUGAUAGACUUCCAGAGGCAAGAGAAGCAGCAAGAAGUAUUGCAACUUCAGUGUAUGAG